UCCGGGGCUAUCAUUCCUCGUAAUGGAACCCACCUCCCAGGCUAUGAGCCGGUUCCAGGCUCUAGAAACGGUCAUGUUCCAGCCUGGUUUGCUUCAUUGCUUGCUGGAUUGUCGUUGCCAGGCUUGAGUAAUCCAAGUCCAAGCUCCUUGAGCUCGAGCUCUUCCGCCCAGGCAUUGAAUACAGGCUCCCCUGCUCCAAUUCAUCAAAUUGCCAGCCUGUCAACACUGGCAACCUCGGUCAUUGUUGCUACCGCAACGCCUUCGAGUUCAAGCAUUGCCAUUCCGACCUCGCCGUCCAGCUCGCCAACAACUUCCAUACCGACUCCUGCCUCAACGCCAUCGAGCUCCAAAUAUGCUGAUCCUGCCACAAAGACAUGCGCUGGUCCAUCCGAAAAGACAUCCAACGCUUACUGGUUUGAUGACAUGGAUCACAACCAACAGGGCGCUGGCUUUGCCCCUUAUGUCACAGGCACAAACAAAUAUGCGGUGUACCGCAAUGUUAUGGACUACUUAGUGGUGAAUGAUGGAUCAGGCGACCAGACAGCGAAAUUACAAAAUGCCAUUGAUGAUGAUAACAACGGUGGCACCCGUAAAGGCAAGGGCGUGACACGCUACCCAGCUGAAGUGUAUUUGCCUGGGGGUAUUUAUACUCUUAAAAGCACACUGAAGCUGACAGUCGGCACAAUCAUUGUUGGAAAUCCAUCUAACCCACCCAUCAUCCGAGCGGCUCCAGAUUUUGUGGGACAAUAUCUUGUCCUAGGUUACGACGAAAAGGCCGGCCAACCGGAGACCAGCUUCAUGACUUUAAUGAAAAAUGUCAUCCUUGACACGACUGCAGUUGCGCCUGCAACAUCCAUCACUGCACUUCAGUGGGGCGUGGCUCAGGGAUCCGGGCUCACAAACAUCCAGAUCCGUAUGCCAGUCGGAUCUACGGGACACACUGGUAUCGACAUUUUGGCCGGCUCAACCAUUGCCGUGACCGAUGUGAAUAUUCAAGGUGGUGCGACUGGUAUCAUCAACUCAAAUCAGCAAGUCAACUUCAAAAACAUCUUUUUUGAGUCCUGCGAUACGGCUUUCAAUGCCAAGGGCGGAUGGACAGUUCUUCUUCAGAGCGCUACCUUCGUCAGCUGUAAGCUUGCUAUUGACAUGGGUCGAAAUGGCCUGGGAAGCAUGGUACUUCUUGACUCCAAAACGUCAGCUGCUCGUGGGCCCGUGGUCCGAUUAUAUGACUCGUCCCAUGACAGUGGGAACCAGAACAGUCAACUUCUUAUUCAGAACUUGGCCCACGACUCUACAACAGAUAUUGUCGUCGAUGUCAAUGGAUCGAUACAUUUGGCCUCCACGGGCCAUGUUGACACUUGGGCCUGGGGUACCGCUGUUCCUGGUGAAUACGAGACUGGUAAAACCUGGAUCACGCAGCGGCCUGCGAGCCUGCUCGUGGAUGGAAGUUACUUCAUUAAGGCUCAACCAUCGUAUGCGGACUACAGCAGCGCUGAUAUUGUCAAUGUGAAGGCUGUCUCCGAGUAUCCGGUGAUGGGUGAUGGCCGGACCGAUGAUACCCAAUCACUUAACCACAUCUUGGCCGAGAAUGCAGCAAACUGCAAGAUUACUUAUUUCCCAUUUGGAGUCUACAGAGUUUCGGACACCAUCCUCAUUCCUGUGGGUACACGCAUUGUGGGCGAGGCAUGGGCCGUCAUCUCGGGAUACGGUGAUGCAUUCAAGGAUCCGUCCGCCCCCAAAGCUAUCGUCCGAGUCGGAAACCCGGGCGACGUCGGAAAUAUCGAGAUCCAGGACAUGCGCUUCUCAGUCGGCGAAGUUCUCCCCGGGGCCAUUGUCGUGGAGAUCAACGCGGCUGGUGCACGGCCAGGUGAUGUGGGCAUGUGGAACACCAUGGUAACAGUGGGCGGUACCGCCGAGACAACUAUUUCGAACGUGUGCACCUCACAGGACACCAAAGACUGCAUGGCCGCAUAUAUGGUGAUGCACCUCACAGAGAGCUCAUCGGCAUACAUUGAGAAUUUCUGGGGGUGGACAGCAGACCACAACCUCGACAGCACCUCCAUUUUCACCAUCAUUUCCACGGGUCGUGGCAUUCUUGUGGAAUCAAAAAAUGCAACCUGGCUCACAGGAACGGGUUCCGAACACCAUUGGCUCUACCAGUACAACUUCCACCACGCCGCCAACGUCUACGCCGGCCUCCUCCAAAGCGAGACACCCUACAUGCAAGGCUCAGGUGAAUUUGAGAAGGCGCCCGCCCCAUGGACCGCAAAUGCGGAACUCGGUGACCCCGACUACUCAUGGUGCAGUGCCGAUGACGACAAAUGCCGCUCGGCCCUCGCGACCAAUGUUGAUGGCGGCUCCAAUAUCGCGCUCUACAACUCCGCAGCCUGGGCUUUCUUCGACGGCUCCUGGAAUGGACUUUACAACGAGCCCUGCGAUGGCAAAUGUCAGAGUAACAUGAUGCGCGUGACAGGCGCGCCAGUGAACUUGGUUUGGUAUUCCAUCAAUACUCGCAAGACGGAUGUCAUGGUGCUUGAUGGGAUGACAAACCCGCGUGAGGCAAAUCAUCCCGGUGGUUGGGAGGGUAUAAUUCAGGCUUAUACACAAUUUGAGACUUGA